UGUACACAGAUGAAAGGAAACAAUUUUGACUUAAAAGAGUAAAAAACUUUGACUUGACAUGUUAUGUUAAUAGGAAAUCAACGAAAUGAAUAUUACUCUAGAACUACAGUUAUUUGUUAAGUUCUUUUAAUUUUAAUAUAAUAAUUUAUUAUUAUACAAUUCCGUAGUUGUUUGUUCUAUAGAUCAACGCCCAAUCUGACUCUAUAAAACCCCCCAAUCCCUCCAUUAAUUAACACCCACUCAUCUGCAACACUGUCAUCAUACUCAUCAUGAGUUACAACAAUCAAAGCCAAACUCCUCCUCCUCCUCCACCAGAAGGUUAUCCACCAGUGCACCCCCCACAGGGAUACCCUCCUAAGCAUGGCAGUCAUCCUGCUCCUGAGUAUGCGCCUAAGCAGCAACAACAACAACGAGGAAUAGGACCACAAGAAGUCAAGGCCGCCUCUUGUUGUUUGCAUGUUACGUGUGUCUGUAUAGAAGUACUACAACAUUGUUUGCGCCCCUAACAAGCAGGCUUAUCACCGGAUUUGAAAUUUUCUUUUAUCUUUUAGUGUAUUAUCUUGGACUUGAAAAUGUAUCUGGUUGUUCUCCGUUUGUUAAUUUACAUCGUUUGUUGUUUAUCUAUAUAUGUUUAUGUUCGGUAA